UCCUUGUCCAUUUGGAAGACCCAUUUGCGACCAAGCUUUAACUUCCUGACUGAUGUCUUGAGAUGUUGCUUCAAAAUAUCCACAUAAUUUUCCGGCCUCAUGAUGCCAUCUAUUUGGUGAGGUGCACUAGUCCCUCCUGCAGCAAAGCACCCCCACAACAUGAUUUUUCCACCCCCGUGCUUCACGGUUGGGAUGGUGUUCUUCGGCUUGCAAGCAUCUCCCUAUUUCCUCCAAACAUAACGAUGGUCAUUAUGGCCAAACAGUUCUAUGAUCUUUGUCCCCAUGUGCAGUUGCAAACCGUAGUCUGACUUUGUAUAGAGGUUUUGUAGUAGUUGCUUCUUCCAUUCUGAACGGCCAUUCACGUUAUGUGGACAUAGGACUUGUUCUUGUUACUCAUUGUGCAUCUAUUAUUACAUGUUUUACUUCUCCAUUUUUUCUCCCCAAAAAAUUCUCUGCAUUGUUGGGAAGGACCCAGAAGUAAGUGUUUCACAAUCCACACCUGUUGUUUACGAAGCAUGUGACAAAUACAUUGAUUUUAUAAGAGCAUCUGCCAACUGACUAAAAUGUGAAAUUAAUGGCCUCUAGUUUAGAGAGAGAUGUGGAUCUGAGUGUCUGCAAUUAACUUGCAAGAUUUUGCCUGCUCAAUGUGUACAUUUGUUUUUAAACUGUAGUACUUUGUGUUUUAUGUUGUAAAUGUCUUUUUGCAUGACAUUUUGUGUGUUGCUAUUUUGGUCAGGUCAGAGAUUUUUAAUCUCAAUGAAACUAACCUGGUAAAAUAAAGUUAACAUUUUAAACAUUAAAAUUAAGAUCAACCUGAGAUUGGCCUCUAGUCAGGCUGCUUUAUCAGGUUCCAAUGCUGGCUGAUUGAUAGGCCUGCUAAUAUAACUAUGCAUGUAGCUGUGUUCACCUCUCACUUUCUUUUGUUAGUUGAUAAACGGGUUUGCGUGGGCCUAAAGUAAAAGCUAUAUUGUGUCGUCAUUUGAGAUAAGAUUGACAAAUGAGCCUUUCCCUUACUUUUGUCAUGCUCACAGGGCCAGGUGAGUCUCACCCAACUCUCACAUUUGUUUUCCUUUCAUACUGUUGACCUAGUCAACUGACACCACAAUGCAUUCCAUUGUGUUGUGGGAUGGUCAUGCUGCCAUGUUAUCUGCACAAUCCACACGCUAAACAGGAAAGUGUACAUGCAGUUACAUCACCCUCUCUGCUGUAAUCUUUUCCCAGGUGGUGAAAGGUGGCGUGGCCCUAAGUAGUUUUCAGAGAGCCAGAUCGUCACUGCAACAGAGUACAUAUUAUACUGGCGACAGUUUCAAUUCAAUUUUGGCACAAUACUACAGUGCCUUCAGAAGGUAUUCACACCCAUUGACUUUUUCCACAUUUGUGUUGCACCCUGAAUUUAAAAUGGAUUACAUUUAGAUUGUGUCACUGAUCUACACACAAUACCCCAUAUUGUCAAAGUGGAAUUUUUGACGUUAGAUUUUUCUGCAAACUAAUAAAAAUAUGAAAAGAUGUAAUGUCUUGAGUCAAGUAUUUAAACCCUUUUGUUAUGGCAAACCUAAAUACGUUCAGGAUUUUUUUUUAAGUGCUUAAUCAGUUUUAUGGACUCAGUCUGUGUGCAAUAAUAGGGGUUAACAUGCUUUUUGAAUGACUACCCGAUCUCUGCACCACACACAUACAAUUGUGUUAUGUCCCUCAGUCGAGAAGUGAAUUUCAAGCAGAGAUUCAACCACAAAUACCGGGGAGGUUUUCCCAUGCCUUGCAAAGAAGGGCACCUAUUGGUAGAUGGGUAAAAAUAAAAAAGCGUUUCCCUUUGAGCAUGCUGAAGUUAUCAAUUAUGCUUUGGAUGGUGUAUUAAUACACUCAGUCACUACAAAGAUGCAGGUGUCCUUCCUAACUCGUUUGCCGGAGAGGAAGGAAACCGCUCAGGGAUUUUACCAUGAGGCCAAUGGUGAUUUUAAAACAGUUCGAGUUUAAUGGCUGUGAUAGGAGAAAACUGAGGAUGAAUCAACAACAUUGUAGUUACUCCACAAUACUAACCUAAAUAGAUUAUAAAGAAAGAAGCUUGUACAGAAUAAAAAUAUUCCAAAACGUGCAACCUGUUUGCAAUAAGGCACUAAGUAAUAUGGAAAAUACUGUGGCAAAGAAAUUAACUUUUUGUCUGGAAUACAAAGCGUUAUGUUUGAGGCAAAUCUAACACAACACAUCACUGAGUACCACUCUCCAUAUUUUCAAGCAUGGUGUUGGCUGCAUCAUGUUAUGGGUAUGCUUGUCAUCGGCAAAGACGUGGGAGUUAUUUAAGAUAAAUAUAAACUCAAUAGAGCUAAGUACAGGCAAAAUCCUAGAGGUAAAACUGGUUCAGUCUGCUUUUAAACAGUCACUGGGAAAACAAUUCACAUUUUUAGCAGCAAAAUAACCUAAAACACAAGGCCAAAUAUACACUGGAGUUGCUUACCAAGACGACAUUGAAUGUUCCUGAGUGGCAUAGUUACAGUUAUGCCUUAAAUCGGCUUGAAGAUCUAUGGCAAGACAUGUAAAAAUCUGUCUAACAAGCUAUUGACAGAGCUUUGACUUAGGAGGUUGAAUACUUAUCUAAUCAAGAUAUAAUGGUGUUUUAUUUUUCAUUAAUUGAAAGAAAAUCAUGUAAUUUUUUACCACUUUGACAUUAGAGUAUUGUGUGUGGAUCAUUUACAAAACAUUACCAAUUAAAUACAUUUUAAUCCAACUUUGUAACAUAACAAAAUGUGUUAAAAGUAAGGAGCUGUGAAUACUUUCGGAAGGCACUGUAUUUCAAGCAAUGUGACAGCUUUUGACACUCCUUGCCAUUCUCUCAAACAGCUUCAUGAGGAAUGCUUUUCCAACAGUCUUGAAGGAGUUCCCACAUAUGCCAAGCACUUGUUGGCUACUUUUCCUUCACUCUGCGGUCCAACUCAUCCCAAACCAUCUCACUUGGGUUGAGGUUGGGUGGUUGUGCAGGCCAGGUCAUCUGAUGCAGAACUCCAUCACUCUCCUUCUUGGUUAAAUAGCCCUUACACAGCCUUGAGGUGUGUUUGGUCAUUGUCCUGUUGUAAAACAAAUGACAGUCUCACUAAGCGCAAACCAGAUUGAAUGGCGUAUUGCUGCAGAACGCUGUGGUAGCCAUGCUGGUUAAGUGUGUCUUGAAUUCCAAAUGAAUCCCUGAUUUACCAGCAUUAAAAUCCUCUAAAUUAGCUGAAGUUCUACAUGGUUUGCUCUGAAUUCAUUUAGAGUACAGUAUACUGCCAUCCACUUGGUAUAAAUCCAUAGUAAAUCCCAUUACCAAAUCAUUAAAAGAUUACCAGAGAGUGCCACUGAACUGGAGAGGCAUAAGUUUACUAGGUACAGUCGAUAAAUUAUAUUCAUCCAUCCUCAACAGUAGGUUAAUACAUCUAUUAUUACGUGUUUUACUUUUCCAUUUCUCUCUCAAAAAAAUCUCUGCAUUGUUGGGAAGGACCCAUAAGUAAGUGUUUCACUGUUAGUCCACACCUGUUGUUUACGAAGCAUGUGACAAAUACAAAUUGAUUUGAUAAGAGCAUCUGCCCAACUGACUAAAAUUUGAAAUUAAUGGCCUCUAGUUUAGAGAGAGAAGUGGAUCUGAGUGUCUACAAUUAACUUGCAAGAUUUUGCCUGCUCAAUGUGUAAAUGUAUGUUUUUAAACUGUAGUACUUUGUGUUUUAUGUUGUAAAUGUGUUUUUGCAUGACAUUUUGUGUGUUGCUAUUUUGGCCAGGUCAGAAAUUUUUAAUCUCAAUGAGACUAACCUGGUAAAAUGAAGUUAAUAAUUUAAACAUUAAAAUAAAGAUCAGCCUGAGAUUGGCCUCUAGUCAGGCUGCUUUAUCAGGUUCCAAUGCUGGCUGAUUGAUAGUCCUGCUAAUAUAACUUUGCCUGUAGCUGUGUUCACCUCUCCCUUUCUUUUGUUAGUUGAUAAACGGGUUUGCGUGGGCCUGAAAUGAAAGCUGUAUUGUGUAGUCGACUGAGAUAAGAUUGACAAAUGAGCCUUCACCUUACUUGUCAUGCUCACAGGGCCAGGUGGUGAAAGGUGGCGUGGCCCUAAGUAGUUUUCAGAGAGCCAGACCUACACUGUAACAGAGAUAUGAACUUGAUUGACAUCCUGUGGAGGCAGGACAUUGACCUGGGUGCCGAGCGGGAGGUGUUUGACCUGAGCCUGCGGCAGAAGGAGGAUGAGCUGCGCAGGCAGAGGGAACUGGAGGAGGAGAAGAGGCUGCACCUGCUGAGGGAGCAGGAUAAGGCCUUGCUGGAACAGCUAGAGCUGGACGAGGAGACUGGAGAGUUCAUGCCCUGCCUGCUACCCAGUGAACCAGAGCUGCCCAACACACAUACCACCCCAGAGGGAAACCAGAACACCAUUUUUUCCAGAGUGGAUGGGGAUGCACUUUCAUUUGAUGAGUGCAUGCAGCUUCUCGUAGAGACAUUCCCUUUAGUAGAAACCAUUGAGCUCCCCCAUCCUCCUCCUGCUCAUGUCAUGCCCUCCCCUUUCAUUGGCAACAGUAGGCCAGAUAUGCUGACCUCCCAGCAGUCACCUGUGGCCCAGAACCCCAUGCUCUCUGCUCUGCUGGCCCCCCACAAGGCUCCCACUGCUGUGCCUGCGUCUCUGGAUCCAGCCCCUGUGGAUGUGGAGCAGGCCUGGAUGGAGCUGCUCUCCCUGCCUGAGCUCGAGCAGCACUUAAAAAUGCAAGUGUCAGAUAUCCUGGAUCAGAAUGGCUAUACCAGCACAAGCAUGCCCCUAGAGGUGCAGGACCCUAACUACAGCUUCUACUUGCCUGAGCUCCCAGGCUUGGUCACAAACAUAGAUACUACACCACCCGUCCCAACCAUCAACAACUUCAAAGGGAUGGUUCCCCCUGACAACCUCAACCAAAUUACUCUGAAAGCCCCGGAGCUCAACACAACCUACACCACAGAUAGCCUCUGUAAGGUGUUCUACACUGACCCCUCAAACACAAAACCUUGCUCCCCCAUGUUAUCCUAUACUUCCAAUGAGGCCAACCCACAGGAGGAGGUGAGACACAAACCACUGGAAUCGUCAGAAAUACAUGUCCCCCAAUUUUCCCUGACAGAUGGACACAAGACUGCUACAGAGUUCCCUGACUCUGACUCCGGUCUGUCAAUGGACAAUGUCAGCUCGCCUAAGAAAUCCCAUCAGGACGAUAGUUCUACGGGAUACAGCGACUCAGACCUGGAGGAGAUGGAUAGCAACCGGUCCGAGUACAGAGAGAUGUUCUCACUGUCUCUCCAUGGAGAGGAACAACAGUCCUCCCCUUACAACACUGGUCCAGUAUCCCAUCUUCCGGCAGACAGCCUACCCUACCCAAAAAGUGAGCUCAUAGAGGGCAACGGCCAUAACCAGCGCCCAUUCACCAAAGACAAGCCGAGAAGGCGCUAUGCAGGCUGCCAGUCCCGUCUGUCCAGAGACGAACAGCGGGCCAAGGCCCUGGGGAUCCCCUUUGCUGUAGAGCUCAUUAUCAACCUGCCUGUGGAUGACUUCAAUGAGCUCAUGUCCAAGCACCAGCUUAACGAGGUCCAGCUGGUCCUGAUCCGAGACAUCCGCCGACGGGGCAAGAACAAAGUGGCAGCCCAGAACUGCCGCAAGCGCAAGAUGGAAAGCAUCUCAGACCUGGAGGGGGAGCUUGAAGCCCUGUACGAGAAGAAGGAGCACCUGCUCAGAGAGAGUGCCCAGAGGAACGGCAGUCUGAACGAGCUAAAGGAGCAACUGGGGAGUCUGUACCUGGAGGUGUUCAGUCGGCUGAGAGAUGAGGAGGGGAAGCCCUACUCUCCCAGUGACUACUCCCUCCAGCAGACCUCCAACGGCAGCAUGUUCCUUGUGCCUCGUGUUAAAAAGAUACUGAAGGGUGAAGACAAAUAGUCUCUUCCAUUGCACUGUUUUCAUUACUUUUGUUCAUACCUACUCUACAUGACUACCAUGCUCAAAGUUCUAUGCUAGACUAUCAAUUGUAUAUAUGUUGCUUAAGGAGUAGUUUAACAGGAGUGUUAUUUAACUUAAUUCCACUUAAUUCCACUUUCAACAAUGUUGAAAUCUCUCCUUAUUUUGUACAGCAAUACUUUUUUUUGAUCCUGUAAUCAUAGCUAUGCAAAUAGAUGUCUACCCUAUUUGCAAUUGAGACAUGGUGACAUGUGUGUAUGCACAGUUGAAGUCGGACGUUUACAUACACUUAGGUUGGAGUCAUUAAAACUCGUUUUUCAACCACUUCACAAAUUUCUAAACAAACUAUCGUUUUGGCAAGUCAGUUAGGACAUCUACUUUGUGCAUGACACAAGUCAUUUUUCGAACAAUUGUUUACGGACAGAUUAUUUCACUUAUAAUUUACUGUAUCACAAUUCCAGUGGGUCAGAAAUGUACAUACUCAAUUGACUGUGCCUUUAAACAGAUUGUAAAAUUCCAGAAAAUUAUGUCAUGGCUUUAGAAGUUUCUGAUGAGAUAAUUGACAUCAUUUGAGUCAAUUGGAGGUGUACCUGUGGAUGUAUUUCAAGGCCUACCUUCAAACUCAGUGCCUCUUUCAUUGACAUCAGGGGAAAAUCAAAAGAAAUCAACCAAGACCUCAGAAAAAAAUGGUAGACCUUCAUCCUUGGAAGCAAUUUCCAAACACCUGAAGGUACCACGUUCAUCUGCACAAACAAUAGUACGAAAGUAUAAACACCAUGGGACCAUACCGCUCAGGAAAGAGACGCAUAUUGUCUCCUAGACAUUAACGUAUUUUGGUGUGAAAAGUGCAAAUCAAUCCCAGGACAACAGCAACGGACCUUUUGGAGAUGCUUGAGGAAACAGGUGCUUAAGUAUCUAUAUCCACAGUAAAAUGAGUCCUAUAUUGACAUAACCUGAAAGGCUGCUCAGCAAGGAAGAAGCCACUGCUCCAAAACCGCCAUUAAAAAGAGAGACUAAAGUUUGCAACUGCACAUGGGGACAAAGAUCUUACUUUUUGGAGAAAUGUCCUCUGGUCUGAUGAAACAAAAAUAGAACUGUUUGGCCAUAAUGACCAUUGUUAUGUUUGGAGGAAAAAGGGUGAUGCUUGCAAGCUGAAGAACAUCAUCCCAACCGUGAAGCACGGGGGUGGCAGCAUCAUGUUGUGGGGGUACUUUGCUGCAGGAGGGUCUGGUGCACUUCACAAAAUAGAUGGCACCGUGAGGAUGGAAAAUUCGGUGGAUAUAUUGAAGCAACAUCUCAAGACAUCAGUCAGGAAGGUAAAGCUUGGUCGCAAAUGGGUCUUCCAAAUGAACAAUGACCCCAAGCAUACUUCCAAAGUUGUGGCAAAAUGGCUUAAGGACAACAAAGUCAAGGUAAUGGAGUGGCCAUCACAAAGCCCUGACCUCAAUCCCAUGGAAAAUGUGUGGACAGAACUGAAAAAGCGCGUGCGAGCAAGGAGGCCUACAAAACCUGACUCAGUUACACCAGCUACUAUUUAAUGAAUCUGCCAGUUGAGGACUUGUGAGGCGUCUGUUUCUCAAACUAGAGACUCUAAUGUGCUUGUCCUCUUGCUCAGUUGUGCACCGGGGCCGCUCACUACUCUUUCUAUUCUGGUUAGAGUCAGUUUGCGCUGUUCUGUGAAGGGGAGUAGUACACAGCUUUGUACGAGAUCUUCAGUUUCUUGGAAUUUUCUCACAUGGAAUAGCCUUAAUUUCUUAGAACAAAAAUAGACUGAUGAGUUUCAGAAGAAAGCCUUUGUUUCUGGCAAAUUUUGAGCCUGUAAUCAAACCCACAAAUGCUGAUGCUCCAGAUACUCAACUAGUCUAAAGAAGGCCAGUUAUAUGGCUUCUUUAAUCAGGACAACAGAUUUCAUAAUUGCAAAAGGGUUUUCUAAUGAUCAGUUAGCAUUUUAAAAUUAUAAACUUGGAUUAGCUAACACAACGUGCACAGGAGUGAUGGUUGCUGGUAAUGGGCCUCUGUACGCCUUUGUAGAUAUUCCAUGAAAAAUCAGCCGUAUCCAACUACAAUAGUCAUUUACGACAUUAACAAUGUCUACACUGUAUUUCUGAUCAAUUUGAUGUUAUUUUAAUGGACAAAAAAUGUGCUUUUCUUUCAAAAACAAGGACAUUUCUAAGUGACCCCAAACUUUUGAAUGGUAGUGUACAUAGUAUUGGUAACCAUCUAUACUCAAUAUAAAAAUAAACAUUUGAAUAGUGAAGUGUAGAAUAAAUUGCACAUUUUAAUUAAAUUCAAAUUCUGCUUCCGGUAAGGCAUGUCCAAUUCAAAUUCAAUUAAAAUUCAAGAGUUUCAUUGAAAUUCAAGAGCAAUUCGUAACUAAAUUCUGAAUUGACCCCAACCAUGCUAACUAGGGGAGGAUACCCCAUGUUCUUGAAGUAUACAACAGAUAAAAAUGGCAGGGGUGUUUUCAUGUAAGGCUUUGUUGAAAUUUGUGCAAAUAAAGGUUGAAAGAUCAUCUCCACCCCAUUUCUAUUGUUCUCCUCCUUUCAUGUCUAAGUGGAGGUUCAUUAACCUUACAGAAAAACAGGCUUCUGCCAAACAGUUGUGGCAAACCUUUGGCCAAUUUACCAUAAAUUUGUGACAAGCUCAUAUUUUCACAUGCAAAUUAGUUUUGUCGCAAACUGUUGUGGUGAAUUUGCAGAACUUUCUGUUUGCUGCAAACUCAGUAUAAAUAUGCACAUUAUUCAAUGUCUUUAACAGAUAAAAAUGUAUCGAAUACUACUUGAAAUCAUCAGCAUGGUAAUGAAGAAAAUAGCAAAGACUGGAUAUUUCAAAAAUAAAUUGUUUCAUCUUUUUAUGUAGCUUCAACAUUAACAUGAGAAAAAUGGGAACACUAUGAGGAUGUUGACCUUAGGAUAUUUAAAGGGACAACUACACAAUUAUUUACAUGAGCCAAAUGAUAACUGAGUGUAACGGAUGUGAAAUGGCUAGCUAGUUAGCGGGUGCGCGCUAGUAGCAUUUCAAUCAGUUACGUCACUUGCUCUGAGACUUAAGUAGUGUUGCCCCUUGCUUUGCAAGGGCUGCGGCCUUUGUGGAGCGAUGGGUAACGACCGUGCUUCGUGGGCGACCGUUGUUGAUGUGUGCAGAGGGUCCCAGGUUCGCGCCCGUGUCGGGGCGAGGGGACAACGUAAAGUUAUACUGUUACAUGAGCAAUAGAUUAACCAAUGGAAGUUUAAAAUAUAUUAACAAACAUUUUAUAAUUAAAACAACAAAAACUAAAUCAAACCCAGUUCCCGAAAUAUUGCCUUUUUGAGUGAACUUUUGUAGAUGGUGGCACUGUGGAAGUCCUUCGUCCAAAGCUUGUUAAAUGCGUGCACUGAAACAAUCAGAAAACAUAACACAAUUGAGAUACAGAAAACAAUUACUGAAAACAAUUCAUAUUUUGGCAUCUUAAAAGGUAGAAAUUGAGUUAUGCCUAAUAUGGCCAUGUCCAUGUGUUUAUGGGUAAUUCCUAUUUCAUUAAUCUCAGCAAGGCCAAACAAGAUGAAAUUAAAAGUUGUAUAUUUUUUCUACAUUACGAAAUUUGGAUAUCAAAUCGUUUUCUCGUUUAUGGUUUCUAAAUUGGGCAGUAACAGAAAACAGAUAAUGACAACAUGUAUCAAAUGUGUAUUUCUUAUUUUUGUUCAUACCUGUAAGUACACGCCCCUUAAUAUAAUAUUCCCGGCGCAUAGCUGGUGUGUUUACAGCUUGAGUUGAGCUGCAGUGUCGGCUCCCGAGUAGCGUAGCGGUCUAAGGCACUGCAUCUCAGUGCAAGAGGUGUCACUACAGACCCUGGUUUGAUUCCACGCUGUAUCAUAACCGGCCGUGAUUGGGAGUCCCAUAGGGUGGCACAUAAUUGGCCCAGCGUCAUCCAGGUUUGGCCGGGGUAGGCCGUCAUUGUAAAUAAGAAUCUUAACUGACUUGCCUAGUUAAAUAAAGGUUAAAUAAAUAAAAUUGUAAUAAUAUAAACAGUCUGUCACCACUAAAGGCCAUAUCAAUAUGUAUGGUCAUAGCAUUGAUAUCACUUGUAGAUAUGUGACCGACCAACACGAUUUGGUCUUAUGUAGCAACAUUUCAAUUUAUUUUUUAUUUUUACAUUGGAUAAAAGUCAGUGGUUUAAAAAGUACCCAGUUGUCAUACUUGAGUAGAAGUAAAGAUACCUUAAUAGAAAAUGACUCAAGUGAAAGUCACCCAGUAAAAUACUAUUCAAGUAAAACUCGAAAAGUAUUUGGUUUUAAGUAUACUUAAGUAUCAAAAGUAAACGUAAUUGCUGAAAUAUACUUUACUAUAAAAAGUAAAAGUAUGAAUAAUUUAACUUUUCUUAUAUUCAGCAAAGCAGACGGCAGAAUGUUCUUGUUUUUUAAAUGUAUGGAUAGUAAGGGGCACUCCAACAUAAUUUACAAACAAAGCAUUUGUGUUUAGUGAGUCUGCCAGAUCAGAGGCAUUGGAGAUGACCAGGGAUUUUCUCUUGAAAAGUGUAUGAAUUGGACCAUUUUCUGUCCAGACUCGGUAUGCUCGACAGACUCCCAUGCCACAGCUGGCUUGCUAGGCACCGGCGCCCGCACAUCGGAGAGUGGGUGCUGUUUCUCUGCUCCUUCUUCGGCACUCUAGGUCACCGGCUCCCGCACCCCAACCGGUUCGACAGGUUCACGGCUUUGGCAGAGGUGGCCGGUUCGCUCCUGUUCCCCGGGAUCAUCCCUGUUGUCUGUGUCCUGCGGCUGGUGCCGCGCAUCAGGGAGUGGGUACUGUCAUGUAUACUCCCUCUCUGGUCUCUAGGUCACCAGACUGCUGAUUAUUACACGCACCUGUCACCAUCGUCACUCGCACCAGCUCUCCCUCACCUCCUUGAUUACCUGCCCUAUUUAUGUCACUCCCUUUGGUUCCUUCCCCAGGCAUUAUUGUUUCUGUGUCUGUUUCAUGUCGGUGCGCUGUUUGUGUUUCUUGUUUUCUUCAUGUUAAUUAAUUAAUUAAAUGUAUUCACUCCCUGAACUUG